AUGUCCUCACUUCCUAACCAAAUUCAAUCUCUUGAAACAGAUAAAAUUAUUCAAAUAAAUAUGGAAAGCUCAAGUUCUCCUGAAAAUAAUAAUCCAUAUCAAGAAUUAAUUACACCUACUCCUAAUAUUUCAACACAAUUUCCCUCUAAUGCAUACCAUGAUUUUAUGAAUAUUAUUGUCAAAUACAAUUUAUCAAAUGCUGCUGGAGAUUCAAUUCUUAAAUUUAUCCAAAAUUAUGGACAUUGUACUGAUGUUCUUCCUAAAUCUACAAGGAUGGGAUGUAAUUUUAUUGAUAAUUUGGAUGUUAAAAACCUAUCAUUUAAAGAAGUUGUGUUUGAAUAUGCAAACGAAAAAUACAUAAUGCACCAUCGUUGUAUUCUUGAAGGUAUUCAAGAGUUAUUAAAAAAACCAGAAAUUAUUGAAAAUUUUCAUGUUGAUUUUGAGCUAAUAAAGAAUGAAAAAAAUGAAAGAUGUUAUUCAGAACUCUAUAAUAGUAUAUGGUGGGAAAGAACUGUGUGUAACUUACCUUUAGGUGCAAAAAUCCUUGCGCUUAUUAUAUAUUCUGAUGCUACAAAUUGUGAUAAUUUAGUAAGAAAAACUGAACAUCUGUUUAGUAUUACUUUGGGUAAUUUACCAGCAUGGAGGAGACAAAAAA